AUGAAAUCAUCAUCAUACCUUAAUAAUAAUCUAUCAGUACUGAGUAGUGCCUCUUCUUUAUCAUCUCAUUCACAUUCACAACAACCAUCCUACCAUAAAACAUCACUCUCUCAAAUAUUAAAUCAACAACAAUCAUCCUCCUCUUCCUCACUAUCAUCAUCAUUUAAUAAUAUAAAUAGAUUUUAUGAUAGACAAAGUAUACAUUCAUCAUCUGUUAAUAAUAAUAAUUCAUUAAAUAAUAAUACAAAUAUAUAUUUAACAAGUAAUCAAGUUAAAAAAGAUUUUGAACAAUUAAAAUCAAGUAUUAAGGAAUUGGAAAAUAAAUUAUUUAUCAUUGAUAGAAAUUAUACUCAUUUUGAAGAUGUUAAAGAUUUAGAACAAUACAUUCAUUCAAUUAAAGAUAAUUUAAAUAAUUUAUAA